AUUCAUACACUCCAAGAAAGGUGUUUGAGAUCAGAUGUACAAGAGAGUAGAGAGAUAUUGAGAUCAGAUGUACAGUGUAGGAUCCAAAGUGCAAUAUUGGAUUCUACAGGGACUAAUCAUACAAUUUAUCCUUAUUUAAAGGCGGGAUAUUUCCAAUCCAUUCCCCGCCCUCUUCCUCUUCCUCUUCCUCUUCCUCUGACCCGGGCUUUCGCUGUAGCUUCCUCCGCACGCUUCGGAGAAUGGCGACGGCGAAGGAAGAGACCGCAACCUUUACUCUAAACCUAACGGAGAACGUUAGGUUCAACGGCGCUCCGGCGGAGCUGACCCUGGGGGCCGAUGGAGCUCUCCGGUGGCGCGGCGUCGGCGUCGGCGUCGGCGGCGGGGGGGAGCGGCGCGUGGGGCUGGAGGAGGAGGUGUUGGGGAUCGAGGUGGAGGGGAGUAGAUUGAUCAGGAUUAGGGCUUUCGUGGGGGAGUCGGAGGGGGUCGCGUGUGGGAAAGGGGAGAGGGUCGGGAAGAGGGCGAGGAGGGAUUACGUCUUCGAGAUGCCCACCGAUGAGGCGGCGAUGCGAUGGAACGACAAGUUAACGGAUCACAUCAAUUCGCUAGGGAGGCCAAAGCAUCUCUUUAUCAUUGUAAACCCGUUUGGUGGGAAGAAAUGUGGGAGCAAGAUCUUCCAAGCUGAAGUUAAAUCUCUUCUUGAUGCUGCUGGUAUUCUGUAUACGGUCAAAGAAACAAUGCAUCAACUCCAUGCUCAGGAGAUUGCAUAUUCACUGGAUAUUUCAAAAUAUGAUGGGAUUGUUUGUGUUAGUGGAGAUGGUGUUCUUGCCGAGGUAGUUAAUGGUCUACUGCACAGAGAAGACUGGGAAACAGCAAUAAAAAUGCCACUUGGUGUAAUACCAGCAGGUACAGGAAAUGGCAUGGCAAAAUCUCUUCUUCAUUCUGCUGGAGAAUUAUACUCAGUAUCGAACGCUGUAUUUGCAAUUAUCAGAGGUCACAAGCGCUCACUUGAUGUCGCAACUAUCACACAAGGAGAAACAAAGUUUUUCAGUGUCCUGUUGCUCACUUGGGGUCUUGUGGCUGAUAUUGAUAUUGAGUCAGAGAAGUAUAGGUGGAUGGGAAGCGCUCGCCUUGAAUUUUAUGCUCUUGUACGCAUAAUGAACUUGAGAAAGUACAGCGGACGUGUUCAGUUUGUGCCCGCACCGGGAUAUGAAGAAUGUGGAGAGCCACUAAAGAAAGUAGAUGUCCGAAAAAGUGAUGACAACCUCUCCCAGGAAGGCCAAAGAAAUAAUGCUAAGCCUUACUGUCGUUCUUACCAUGGCCCGUCGGUUGAGUUUGAAGAUUCAGAGUGGAGGUCCCUCGAUGGCCCAUUCAUUUCAGCUUGGGUUAACAAUGUACCUUGGUGCGCUGAAGAUUUUAUGUCAGCACCUGAAGCAAAGUUCUCGGAUGGCUACUUGGAUGUCAUCAUAGUAAGAGACUGUCCAAAGUCGGCACUUUUGAGUAUGAUGCUAAAGAUGAGUGAUGGUAGUUAUAUCAAAUCCCCGUAUGUCAUGUAUCUCAAGGUGAAAGCCUUCCGGUUAGAGCCGGGUCAGCGCAUGGAGGACCCUACCAACGGCGGCGUCAUCGAUUCCGACGGUGAGGUGAUCGCCAGAGGAGAUAAAUCCCACCACCGCAACCAACAAAAAUAUCUGAUGGCUUACGGCCCUCCCAUUGAAAUGACGAUUGACAAGGGUUUGGCUACCAUCUUCUCUCCCUGUUGAUUUCCUUUCCAAUUUCUUCCUCCUCUUUUUUUUUUUUAAAAAAAAACCUGUAUUGAUUUAUUUGGAUGCUAGUUCUUUUGAACAUUAUACCCCACAUCAUUGUUUGAUGUACGUUAGUCUAUGUCGGAGCAGAAAUAGAACUGAGAAAUAUUGUAUCACAUAUGUGUAAAUUCAGUGCAAUGUUAAAAUUAUGGAUCAGACAGAGUAAUGUACUUUUCACCAUCUCA